GGAUUUUAUCGGUGUUGAACAAUCAAUAUUCAUCUCAGAAGUGCUUAGUUUUUAUAAAAACCUCAAUUGGAUCUUCAGAGAUGGAGAAUUACGCCGUCUACGUGAAAGACGCCGUGAAGUCUUACGGCCAGAAGAAUGUGCUGAACAAAUUGACCAUGAAGGUGCCACGAGGAUGCAUUUAUGGUCUAUUGGGAGCUUCCGGAUGUGGUAAAACGACUCUACUCAGUUGCAUUGUCGGCAGGAAACAAUUGAAUUCCGGUGAAGUUUACGUCAUGGGAGGAAAACCGGGAACCAAAGGAAGUGGUGUACCCGGAACUGCUGUCGGUUACAUGCCUCAAGAUAUAGCAUUGGUAGGCGAGUUCACCGUUAAAGACGCAGUUUACUAUUUCGGAAGGAUCUUGAACAUGCCGGACAAACUAAUUUAUGACAGAUUCCAGGAACUCAAACGACUUCUAGAUCUGCCACCAGAUAACAGAUUUCUGAAAGAAUGCAGCGGUGGACAACAACGCAGAGUCUCGUUUGCAGCAGCCAUGAUCCAUAAGCCUGAACUGCUGAUAUUGGAUGAACCAACAGUUGGACUCGACCCAGUUCUACGAGACAGAAUUUGGAAUUACAUGGUGGAAAUUUCCGAAAAAGAACAAAUUGCUAUCAUCAUCACUACACAUUACAUCGAAGAAGCGAGGCAAGCAAACAAAAUUGGUCUAAUGAGGGAAGGACGAUUGUUGGCGGAAGAAUCACCGGAACGUCUGUUGAGAAUCUUCGACACAGAUACCUUGGAAAACGUGUUCCUCAUAUUAAGCAGACAACAGGAAGAAGGCAGACUCGAUGCACUGGAACAAAAUCAAGACGACAUAAGCGUGAUGACUUUGGGCGACGAGCAACAUGGGUCAACAGAUAUCUUGGUGCAACGUCCUCCCAAGAAAUACAACACGACAACUGGAGCAAUAUCCUUGAAUUCUAAACGGAUGAAAUCAUUGCUAUCCAAAAAUUCGAAACAGUUCUUAAGGAAUCCCGGUGGAAUAGUAUUCACCUUAUUGUUCCCCAUCAUCGAGAUGCUAAGUUUCUUUUUGGCCGUCGGUGGAGACGUCAAAGGUAUCAAAUUGGGUAUAGUCAAUGAUGAAAGUAUGCUGACGAAAUGCUCGAAUUUCACCAGAGAAGGAACGGCGCAACCUUACAAUUUCAGCGAUUGCGAAUUUAAAGAUCUUGGAUGUCGUUUCGUCGAGCAUCUACAUGGCCCGAUGAUGGAUCUGAUUUAUUACAACGAAUUGAAUGUUGCGCUUGAAGAUGUUACACAUGGUCGUAUUAUUGGAGUUAUGUUUAUGGCCGAUAAUUUCACAAAGGCGUUUGAAGCGCGUCUGCACAAAGGACGAAAGAUCAGCGACGAGACUUUAGAGAACAGUCAGAUUCAAGUCUGGCUAGACAUGUCAAAUCGUCAGAUUGGUGCUACCAUAAAAUACAAAAUUCUGAAAAUGUAUGAAGAAUUUGCCGUCCAAACGUUCACCGACUGCAAGUUGCUGGAGAAGCUAGGAAAAAUUCCGAUGCGUUUCGCCUUCGAAUUCGGAACGGAGGAUGAAACGUACACGGUAUUCAUGGUUCCAGGAGUGCUCUUAACCGUGAUGUUCUUCUUGGGAACGACGUUAACAUCGACAAUCAUAGUGACGGAUCGUCUUGAGGGCGUCUGGGAUCGCUCUAUCGUUGCCGGCGUGACAUCUCUGGAAAUCGUGCUAACGCAUUUCAUGUCGCAAUUCGUAUUGGUCUUUAUCCAAACCACCGAACUUGUAAUUCUAACGUUCCUGGUCUUCGGAAUCGACUAUAUCGGACAGAUGUGGAUCAUCUUCCUCUGCGUUCUGCUUCAGGGCUUAACCGGAAUGGUUUUCGGAUUCUGGGUGUCAGUGGUGAGCAACAGCCACAGCGCUGCGAACAUCUUUUCCACCGGAAUCUUCUAUCCAAUGAUCAUCCUUUGCGGUAUGAUCUGGCCUUUAGAGGCGCAACCGACAGUGCUGAACUUCAUAUCGAAGUGCUUACCCUUCACUUUGUCCAUAGUUUCUCUAAGAGAAAUCAUCAAGAAGGGACGCACCUUCACGCAUCCCGAGGUUCUUAGCGGACUCGGAGUGACCUUACUCUGGAUCAUUGGCAUCAGCACGAUCAGCGUCUUCGCGAUCAAAGCGAAACGAUAAUCAAAGCAAGAAAUUGAAGAAAGAAAAUAAAUAAAAGAAGCACCGACUGUUUUAUGUUUUUAUCUGUCUCACGCAUCUUGCCUCUUACCUUUAGAACUGUAGAACGCUAGAAAACGAACGAGAAGGAAUUUUACGUUAAAAAAUAAAUUAAUUAAGAGAU